AUGUUCUAUUCACACAUGAACGAGAGACCUGUGAGACAGGCAAAAUCCUUGACUAAAGGAUUUCUGCAGUCCAACUCUUGCCUAAUUCCCACUGAGCUCGUUUCUCACAAGUCCGGUGCUGGUGCCUGUGUAUUCGGCAGGGCUCCGCCUACAUCAACAUGCAAAGGAAGUGCUUUAAUCACGGACCUCACUGUCGCCACGGAUUUUUUAGGCACUGGUGAGGGUAGUCAAUGUUGUUCCGGCGGUAGUUCACCACCUCCUCCUGCGUUAUCUCCUGCAAGCUCAUCGCCAACGAAUCUAAUGCAUAAUCUAUUUAACCAUACUUCAUCACCGUCUCCCCCCGUUAUUGUCGCUGAAAUUGUCGGCCAAUCAUCUGCCUCCUCAAGGGCAAACUCAGAGAAAAAUCUCUCUCACCCUGUAUUGGCACGAGAAGCCGCUUGCAAGCCAUCGGUUAUGCCUUCUCCAUCUACCGUAGAAGAGAGAACAUCUCAACGUCCUUGCAGUGCACCUCGAUUAGCUUCCUUGUCACCUUGCUCUAGUAGCUCAUCUGUAUCAUCCGUGAAGCAUGUUGGGAACGGUUUGCCCAUCCUUGAGAAGAUAUCCAUCGUUAUGGGCUCCCCCCAAAAAAGCCUUCCAGAAAACCAAACUCGUUUUUCACUAGGUAACGCAAACACAAUCCCGGAGAGAAAUUUGGACUCGCCAAUUGCAUUUCGAAGUCCAAAUAUUUCAAUUCCAGUUUCAUUAGCUCCCAGUGAAUGCCAAGUUCAGUGUCACCGUCUUGAACAGGUGCAUACUGAUGCAAUGAAAGUCACAAUGAAAGAAGAAAUCACGCUCCCGCAGCGUGGUAAAUGCGCCAACAGAGGCACGCGUAAACGCGGUCUGCGGAAUAUCACUCGAAGACGCAGACGAACAAAACAGCGACCAGGAGAUUCCGAUUCGGACUUUGCUUUCGGGAGAACUACCGGAGGGCUUUCUCGUGGUAGAUCUCAUGCGGUUGCGGCCUUCCGUCGUAUCAAACAGAGAUCAACACGGAAAAAAGCUAAUGAACAGGGCACUACUGGCGACCCGAGAAACGUCUUGUCUACUGAAGCAGCAGCCAACAGACGGUAUUUGGAAUCCCCAUUUUUGUGUUUAUGUCAAUCCGGUGGUACAGUUGCCAGUUUGAGUCGCUCUGUCCUGACUAUUCAAAGUCGACCUCAAUUAUCAUCCAGUUUACUAGCCCAUAACCCUUCGGAUCCCAUUGAAUCCGUGUUUGAAGCCGCUUCUAUGCCCGCGCAUAUAAUCAGUCCUGCACUUCGGGGAAUGACCGUCACAGGAUCAAGUUUAACAAAUUCACAUGCCUCGAUUCCACCUUGUUGUCCCUUGAAUGUUGGCCUUGGUUUCGUACCUCAGAAGACUACUGAAAACGUUGACACACGCACAGUUUUCUCAGGCAUUUCAUACAAGCCGUCCGUACAGCAGAGGUUAAGGGACAUACAACAAUCGUUGGAAUCUAGCUCAAACCAAACAGUGUGGCUCUGUGCCUUUUGUGGCGAGGACAAUAAUUUUCUAAGCCUCGGGGGUCUCUAUGGUCCAUAUUACGUUACCGCCUCGGAGAAAGCACAAAUCAUACCGGAAUGUGUUGCACAGCUUUCAAUUUCACCCCGCACACCCGGUUCACAUUCGCCGGGCAAAAACAGUAGAAGUGGAAAGAAAGGUAAACCAGCUGGUUCUGGUGUAAUCACGUCCACGUUGACGCGAUCUGCCGCCGCGCAGGGGCGUUCGACUGUUGCAAACAUGGGUGCUUUGCGGUUGGUCAUAAAAGCACCGAAUAACCAAACAGUGACGGAGAAAGUUUCCAGUCUCAGACCUCGAAUAUCUGCAGAUGGUGAGGUAUGGGUACACCUGGAAUGUGCCCUUUGGGCUCCGGGUACAUACAUCGUUGGUGAUGGGACAAUUGGGGGGCUUGGAGAGGCCCUGCAGCUGUCGCUGGAUACGAUUUGUUCUCACUGUGAUAAACGUGGAGCGAUUUUGAACUGUUGUAGUCGAGGUUGCAAUUUGCGCUAUCACUAUCAUUGUGCAAUCGCUGCCGAAUGCCAACUGGACCACGAACAGUACACACUUCUAUGCAAAAAACACCUUAUAUAUUGCUAG